AUGUCGUCCAUGUCCAGGAUCCCAGGGGAUGCCAACUUGUUUGUUGGAGGGCUCUGGAUUCUCAACAUCGAAUCCUACCGGAACCAUUUGUAUGAUAAUAACAUCACGCACGUUCUCUCUCUCAUCAAGUGGUCUUUCGACAAGUGGAGCGAGGAGGGCAAGCGCUUCAAGCACAUGAGCAUUGACAUUGACGACCUCGAGGAGUCCGAUCUCCUCUCCCAUCUGCCGGCCGCCGUCCGCUUCAUCGACAGCGGUCUGUACCCGCCGCAAAGCGUCGCAGAUGGAACUAAGUCUUCGGACAACACACCGACAACAGCGCAGGAUGGAGCAACCUCGCCGCCACCCAGCCCCGGUGGAGUCUACGUGCACUGCGUCAUGGGCAAGUCACGUUCCGUGAGCUGCGUGGUUGCCUACCUUCUGUACAAGUACCCGCACCGCUUCGGGGGCAGGCCGUUCGUACCCUCAGCCGCAGCGACCUCGCAGCGACGUGAGACGGCCAAGGAAGCCGUCCAGAAGGCUCUGGACUGCGUGCGCGAGGUCCGAUCUCAUGCAGAACCCAACGACGGCUUCAUGGAGCAAUUGGAGCUGUGGUGGGAGAUGGGUUGCCCGGCCGAGGACGACGGCGCGGUGGAGCGCCACCCCACGUACCAGAAGUGGCUGUACGACAGGAUGUUGAAGGACGCUCGGGAUAUGCACAUGGCGCCGGAAGCUGAUCACAUCCGUUUCGGGGACGAGGUGGAUCAACCAACAACGGCGGGAGGAGGACCAGAGGCGCAGGAACAGGGGGGCAACGAGGUUCGGUGCAAGAAGUGCAGACGUAUGCUGGCAACGCCGAAGUUCCUGGUGCCGCACGCUCCCGUCGGGGAGGCCCAGAGCGGCCACUGCGCUCACAUCUUCAUCGACACCUUGUCCUGGAUGCGUCCGAUGCUGGAGGACGGCGCGCUGGACGGCCGGUUGAUUUGCCCCAACUCCAAGUGCGGCGCGACCGUUGGCCGCUUCGCUUGGCAGGGUCUGAAGUGCAGCUGCCGGGAAUGGGUGGUGCCCGCGUUCUCGCUGAACCGGAGCCGGGUGGACGAGGUGGCGCCCCGGCCUGACGGCGGCGGCCGUAGGGGGGUUUCGGGACAGAGCGGGAACUUGUGA